GUUGUAAAGACAAGAAAAAAGAGAUUUCAUAUAAUAAAUGAACAAGACUGUAAUAACAAGUAGUGUGUAUUCGUAUUGAUAAUUAGAAUUUAAGAAACUCUGCAAUAUUUUCUCAGAGAGACAGAGACACAAAGAAAGAGAGAGAGAGAGAGAGCAUUUAGGGAACAGGAAGUGGAGUGUUUGGUUACGGUGGUGAGCUGUUUCUUUUUCUCUCUUUUAACUCUCUUUAACUCUCUUCACACCUCUCUCUAUCUCUCCCUCUCUGUCUUUCACAGUAGUUUGAUGAAGCCAUGAAAAUGGAGUUGAUGCCAAUGGUUUUCUUCUUCUUCUUCUUUUGCUCUGUUUUGAAUUCCUCUGCUUUGAACUCUGAUGGGUUGGUUCUGAUGAAAUUUAAGUCCUCUGUUCUUGUUGAUCCUCUGUCUUUAUUACAGACUUGGAAUCACAAACACCAAACUCCAUGUUCUUGGAGAGGUGUCUCUUGUAAUAACGAUUCUAAAGUCUUGACCUUGUCUCUCCCCAAUUCUCAGCUUCUUGGUUCGGUUCCAUCUGAUUUGGGUUCUCUCUUGACACUUCAAAGUCUCGAUCUUUCCAACAAUUCCUUCAAUGGGCCAUUACCAGUUUCUUUCUUCAACGCUAGAGAGCUCAGGUUCCUCGAUCUCUCCAGUAACAUGAUCUCCGGCGAGCUCCCUUCUGCAAUUGGUGAUCUUCACAAUCUUCUAACCCUAAAUCUCUCUGAUAAUGCCUUGGCGGGAAAGUUACCUGCCAAUUUGGCGUCAUUGAGAAACUUGACGGUGGUUUCUUUGGAGAAUAAUUACUUCUCCGGCGAGAUUCCUGGCGGUUGGAGAGUUGUUGAGUCCUUAGACCUGUCGUCGAAUCUUAUCAAUGGCUCGCUUCCACCGGAUUUUGGCGGAGACAGUCUCCGGUACUUGAACGUCUCGUUUAACCAAAUCUCCGGCGAAAUUCCACCUGGUAUCGGAGCCGAUUUCCCCAGAAACGUCACCGUUGAUCUCUCAUUCAACAACUUAACCGGUCCAAUCCCGGAUUAUCCGGUUUUCUUUGACCAGAAAUCAAAUUCAUUUUCAGGAAACCCGAAUCUAUGCGGUGACCCGACCCGAAACCCGUGUCCCAUCCCUUCCUCACCGUCGAUUGUCUCCGAGGCCGAAGUACCAACAUCUACACCAGCAAUAGCCGCCAUACCGAACACAAUUGGGUCAAACCCGGUUACCGAUCCAAAAUCACAACAAACCGACUCAAAUCCCCGAACCCGGUUACGACCCGGAGUUAUAAUUGGGAUAGUUAUCGGAGACGUAGCCGGAAUCGGAAUCCUUGCCUUGAUUUUCCUCUAUAUCUAUAGAUGCAAGAAGAACAAGACCGUUGAUUACGACAGCAACAAACAAAGACAAGAAACAGAGACAACAAUUACGCUAUCAACAUUUUCAUCACAAUCAUCUUCUUCUUCUUCACCAGAGGAAUCAAGAAGAUUCAAGAAAUGGUCAUGUCUACGAAAAGAUCCUGAAACGACACCAUCUGAAGACGAAGAAGAAGAGGAUGGCGACGAAGAAACCUGUUACAAUGCAAAUCAACAGUCAGGAGAUAACAAGAAAGGGACGUUAGUGACCGUUGAGGGAGAGAAAGAGAUGGAGAUUGAGACUCUGCUUAAGGCCUCAGCUUAUAUUCUAGGAGCCACUGGUUCGAGUAUAACGUAUAAAGCCGUUCUCGAGGAUGGAAGGGUUUUCGCGGUUCGUCGGCUAGGUGACAACGGUUUGAACCAGCGCCGGUUUAAGGAUUUCGAGUCGCAUAUACGAGCCAUUGGAAAAUUGGUUCACCCGAAUUUGGUCAGACUCUGUGGGUUCUAUUGGGGUACCGACGAGAAAUUGGUCAUUUACGAUUUUGUCCCUAAUGGCAGCCUCGUCAACCCUCGUUUCCGAAAAGGAGGAGGGUCUUCUUCGCCUUAUCAUUUACCGUGGGAAACUCGACUCAAGAUAGCAAAGGGCAUUGCACGUGGGCUGGCUUAUCUCCACGAGAAGAAGCAUGUGCAUGGAAACUUGAAGCCUAGUAACAUACUCUUGGGCCACGACAUGGAGCCUAAAAUAGGCGAUUUCGGACUCGAAAGGCUUCUAACAGGGGAAACGAGCUACAUCCGAGCUGGUGGGUCAUCUCGGAUUUUCAGUAGUAAGCGUUACACAACCUCCUCCCGAGACUUCUCGUCUAUAGGGCGUACGCCAAGCCCCAGUCCGAGCUCGGUUGGGCCGAUGUCACCUUACUGCGCACCGGAGUCUCUCCGAAGCCUAAAACCGAGUCCAAAAUGGGACGUUUACGGCUUUGGAGUGAUCCUUCUCGAGCUUCUCACGGGAAAGAUCGUGUCGGUUGAAGAGAUUGUGCUAGGAAACGGAUUGACAGUUGCGGACGGACAUCGCGCACUGAGGAUGGCAGAUGUGGCCAUGCGCGGCGAGUUAGACGGCAAGCAAGACUUUCUGCUCGAUUGUUUCAAGUUAGGCUGUAGCUGCGCAUCUCCUGUUCCUCAAAAGAGGCCAACGAUGAAAGAAUCUUUGGCUGUUCUUGAAAAAUUGGGUCCAACUGCUACUAAGUCUCCAUCGUUCCACUACGGACAUUAAUGUGUCAGUUUGAUACAACUAGUUUAGUCAAUUUGAUUUUAUUGCUAACUUGUUUCUGUCAUUCUGUGUAUAGAACUUGUAUUUCCUGUUUUUUUUUUACAGUCUGAUUUCCCAACAUUAAUAAUAUUUUUAUUGAAAAGAAUAUACUGUCACUAAUGCUGGA